AAAUUAAAAAAAAAAUUCAGCUAAGGGGAGCACAUCCUUUCAUUUCUUUGUUUAUGGCCAAUGCUCUUCUCCGAUAACGCUAUUCAUCACGUCCCUUGAGCGGGUUUCCUAUAGCCUGUGCCCCAGUCCACAAAUGCUAGUUUCCUAUCUUCCUCUAUGGGUCCCUACUCUGCAAUAUUGUUUUGCCUCGUAUUGAACGAAUAAGUGAUUCUGUCCUUGCGAUUAUGUGAUCCUCUUCCCUGCCACAAGUGAUUUGACAUAAAUUAUUUUUGCGGCAUUUCGCAUAUUAAUUUUUGUUGCCCGCGCAGUUUUAAACAAUCAUUUUUGUGACCCUACGUCAUUUUUAUUGUUCUCCUUGCGGCAUCGAUGAGAUGUAUGAGAGAUUAUUUAUAUAUAUGAAAUAUUCGGGGAGGGCUCAGCGUAUGGUUAUUUGGAACCUCGAAUUGCCGCACAAGUGCCGCAAAUGAUACCAGUGUGAUACUUGUGAUACGAAGGUGAUGGGUGAUCUCAAACACGAUCAGGAACCUCAUUUCACUUCUGUUCCACUGAACAGCGUUUUGUUCCCGCGGAUUCUUUACUAAAUCUCAGUUAUCAUGGAUCUCCUUGCAAAAGUUGAAAAUUUUAUUGGAGCUGAGGAUUUGGAAAGCUUGAGAACCCUGUCAUUAUCCGAACUUAGGAAACUUGGGAAGCUCGCUCCUUUGUCUGUUGAUAAAGUAUCGGAGCUAGGCCUGAAGUAUGACAACUCAGCCCGUGAUUUCCUACCCUGUGUGAGAAAAAAGUUGCAUGUUGAGCUGGGAAGGAAUAUUUUUCUUGCAAGGGUCAGUGGUGAUGGUAAUUGUUUGUACAAUGCAGCAUCUGUGGCAAUUACUGGCCAAGAAGAAUUGUCUCCUACACUCAGGGCACUUACCUCAGCAGAGCUUUAUCUUAAUGCUACCUACUAUGCAUCCCAUCCCCACUUUGUAUCUCUGCUGGCAACAGACAAGACCCCUGGUCUUAUUGGCAGGUUUUUCCAAUUGUCACAUUCUUUUGAAGUGAGUGAUUUAGCAACAUCAAAUCACUUUGAGUUCACGCAGUCUGCAAAGGUUGAAGCACUUAAAAAUUGUCAGGUUAAGAGAUGGAGCCCUUUUAUAUGCUUAUUAGCUUUAGCUAGUGUCAUUGGGAUACCCAUACACUCAUUGUAUCCUGAAACCGGUGGCAUGAUAGCUGGAAAAUAUGCAGCAAAGUUGUUUAAUGCAAUUAUUCAUCCACGUGAACGGCUUGAUGAUAGCAAUUCCCAUAUCCACUUGUUAUGGUCAUGUUUUGAGGAUUUUAAGAGGCACAUAAAUCCAAAUUUUAAACCAAAUCAUUUUGUUCCAGUUUUUGUUGGUGACAACUUUUCUCUAGAUUCUAGUAAUGCCAAAUCUAGACCUUCUCAAACUCUUAAUGUUGCAGCUUCAGGAGUGAAAUAUGGCAAAUCCAAAUCUUCUGUCGCUGCCUCUUUUUCUUCACUGAAACAAAGCAAGAUCUGUUUCCAUUCUUCAACUGAAUCGUCUGAUAAUGAUUUUAUGCCUCAAGUAACUAGCUCUCCUCCUGUUGCUGUACUUAAAACAGACAGUGCCUUGGAAACUGCUGUUACAAAUUCGUAUGAUAUUGGUUCUUUUUAUGGUCAAGUUGAAUCUUUCACAGAAGCUAAGAAGUAUGACCUUUGUAAAAAUGUAUGGGGACCAGAUGCAAAUUUUGUUUUUCCUUCCCAUUCUAUAUAUGGAAGUAAACGGAAAUUUUCUUUUUCUUGGCUUAAUGAUUAUCCAUGGCUCCGAUAUUCGAAAGCUCUUGAUGGUGCAUUUUGCCUGCCUUGUGUCAUUUUUGGACGAAGAAUUGGUGUAAAUUCAUCCAAAGUAGACAAACUGGUGAAAAGUCCUUUCACAGAUUGGUCCUGUGCAGUUACUAGAUUUAAAUCACAUUGCAAAUCUGAUAUCCACAAAACAUCUUUGUUAACAAUGCAGACCUUUCUUAAUGUAAAGCAAGAAUCAAGUCCAUUGACCAAAUCAGCAAUCAAGCUGUAGAUGCUCUUGUCACUAAGAAUAGAUUGAAGCUUGCCCCGAUUGUAAAGUUAGUUAUCUUUUCUGCAAGACGAAAUUUUCCACUGCGAGGACACAGGGAUGACUCAAGCUAUUACAACAAGGAAGAUACAGGGAAUUUUCAAGCACUUCUUGAUUUAAGAGUUGACAGUGGUGAUCUGGUUCUUAAAGAACAUUUUGAUACUGCUCCUAAAAAUGCCACAUAUAGAUCUAAAACUAUUCAAAACGAUAUAAUUUCUUGUUCUGCCAACAUCCUCAACAGUAAAAUAAUAUCUGAAGUAAGGCAUUCAAAAUAUUUUAGCAUCUUGGCUGAUGAAGUUUCUGACUGUUCUAAUAAAGAACAGAUGCCUCUUGUGAUCAGGUAUGUAGACAGGGAUAACAACAUCCAAGAAAGGUUUCUUAAAUUUAUACAUUGUGACCAAGGUGUUACUGGGAAAGCUCUCACAGACAAGAUACUUGAUUGUUUGGUCAACGAUUUUAAUCUUGAUAUUCAAAACUGCCGUGGUCAAUGUUAUGAUGGGGCUGGGAACAUGGCUGGCAAGUAUUCUGGAGUUUCUUCUCGAAUCCUUCAGUUGAAUCCUUUGGCUCUUUAUACACAUUGUGCAUCUCAUAGGUUAAACUUAUGUGUUGCUUCUGCUUUUGAGGACCAGAAUGUAAGCAAUAUGAUGGACAGAGUGAAACAAAUAUCAAAUUUUUUCAAUUAUUCUCCUAAACGACAGCUGCUCUUAGAAGAAAAUAUUAAGAAGCUGAAUCCAAAUUGCAAAUACACAAAGCUCUUGGAUAUUUGUCGUACCAGGUGGGUUAUGCGAAUUGAUGGUCUGGCUAGAUUUCUCGAAAUGUAUGAAGCUAUAGUUGAAACAAUGCUAACCAUCAGCCAAAACAGAGAUAGGUCUUGGAAUUCAUGUGCAGCUGAUGCAUCUUCUUUUUGGUCCUUGCUCGUAAAUUUCAACUUUUUAAUGACCCUCGCUGUUGUAAGAAACUGCCUUGGUUAUACCCAUGCAGCUACUGUGCAACUUCAAGGUGUGGAGGUCGAUAUCUUGAAAGGGCUUCAAAUGGUAAAGACAACAAUUACAUCUUUGCAAAAAGUCAGAAGUGAAAUUGAAACGUAUCACGGACAGUGGUUUGAAGAUGCUUGUGAAAUUGCAGAGAAAGUUGAGGCACCGGUCAUUGCCUAUAGGGUCUGCAGUACACAAAGAUUUAGAAAUAAUGCCCCAUCUUCUGAUGUAUCCAGUCACUAUAAGGUCAACAUUUCUAUUCCUUUCUUGGAUCAUUUACUACAGCAGUUUCUGACAAGAUUUUCAACUGAAAACUGUAUCGCCUUAAACGGUCUUUCCAUACUACCAGCAAUCUUUAGGUCAACUUCCAAAGAAAGCUCUGUUAUUGGCCGCAAACGAUCCCUUCAAGAUGCUGACUAUCAAACUGCUGAGGAAAAUUUACCGCAACUAAAAAGAAUCAAGGUAGCAUCUUCUAAUUUUAAAGACAGUAAGGAGAAGAAAAAAGUAAAAAUACAGCGCGUUGACAAGAAGUGGAAAAUUGAUUUUGAAAAGUUUUGCAACCAGUAUGCAGAUGAUCUCCCAGAUGCCUCAAAUCUUUCUUAUGAAGUGGAUAACUGGGAGUCUUUUUGGAGCCAUGUACCAGAUAACAUGCUGCCUGAAACGAUUGCAGACACGAUAAAGGAAACAAACCCAAUUUCUUUUCCCAAUAUUUCUACGGCACUGCGAAUCUUAGCUGUUCUUCCUGUGACAAGCUGUAGCUGCGAAAGAUCUGCAUCAGCUAUUCGGCUUCUUAAAACCUACACAAGAAGCACAAUGUCCCAAGACCGCUUAAAUGGACUCGCCAGCCUAUAUACACACAAAGAUAUCAAAAUAAAUAUUCAAGAAGUAAUUGAAACAUUUGCUCGCAAGUGCAAGAGAAGACUUUCCCUCAUCAACCUAUUAAAAUCUGACAAUGAUCUUGACAGCAAUGAUGAAUCAAUAUAUUCUGAAGUUUAUUGAUUUAAUAUCAUAUGUUACAGCUAAUGCUUUUUGUUGAAGAACUACACUGUGCGAAUUGUUUUAUAUGAACUUGCGUCUUGCCAUCUCCAGCCUUGUCUUGCAUUGAAGAACUGCAUCCAGAUUUAAUAAAUGUUUUAUAUGAACUUGCGUCUUGCCACCUCCAGCCUUGUCUUGCAUUGAAGAACUGCAUCCAGAUUUAAUAAAUGUUUUAUAUGAACUUGCGUCUUGCCACCUCCAGCCUUGUCUUGCAUUGAAAAAGUGCAUCCAGAUUUAAUAAUUGUUUUAUAUGAACUUGCGUCUUGCCAUCUCCAGCCUUGUCUUGCAUUGAAGAAGUGCAUCCAGAUUUAAUAAUUGUUUUAUAUGAACUUGCGUCUUGCCACCUCCAGCCUUGUCUUGCAUUGAAGAACUGCAUCCAGAUUUAAUAAUUGUUUUAUAUGAACUUGCGUCUUGCCAUCUACAGCCUUGUCUUGCAUUGAAGAACUGCAUCCAGAUUUAAUAAAUGUUUUAUAUGAACUUCCGUCUUGCCACCUCCAGCCUUGUCUUGCAUUGAAGAACUGCAUCCAGAUUUAAUAAAUGUUUUAUAUGAACUUCCGUCUUGCCAUCUCCAGCCUUGUCUUGCAUUGAAGAACUGCAUCCAGAUUUAAUAAUUGUUUUAUAUGAACUUGCGUCUUGCCACCUCCAGCCUUGUCUUGCAUUGAAGAAGUGCAUCCAGAUUUAA